GAAUUCGAACGCACCUGGAACCAGAACUGAAACUGAAACAUCCAACUCCUCCACUCAUGAAUCCUCUGAUAGUGAUUAUGAAGUUGAGGAACAACAACUAGAAAAUCGAAACUUCCUAUAUUGA